GUUUGGAAACCAGGCUAGACUUGCUUUGCAGGUACAAUGUAUUGAUCAUUAAACUCAAAUGGAUCUAUCCUUUCAGCAUGUCCCAGCUUUGACUUAAACAGCCACUGUGUUAAAAAAAAAAAAAAAGAAGAAAGCCCUCACCACUCAGACAUCUCCAUGUGUAUCAUCUUUUUCAAGUUUGACCCGAGGCCUGCAACCAAAAAUGCCUAUAGGCUUAUUUUGGCAGCAAACAGAGACGAGAUCUAUAACAGACCCUCCAAGGCUGCUGAUUUCUGGGGGAGCAGCAAUGAAAUUCUCAGCGGUCUGGAUCUGGAGGAAGGGAAAGAGGGAGGAUCGUGGCUGGGAAUCAGUAAACGCGGCAAACUGGCAGCACUGACCAACUACAUGGAGGGAAAACCCAACCCAGAGGCCUUGGGCAGAGGAUUCUUAGUGUCCAAUUUUUUAACGGAUAACCUGGACAGCUACUCAUAUCUGCGUAAGGUGUCCUCGGAGGGACACCUCUACAACGGGUUCAACCUUCUCGCAGCUGACUUUAAGACCAAUGAAGACAUGCUUUGUUACUAUGGAAACAAGGGCAGUCCAGAGCCCAUCCGUCUAAAACCAGCAGGAAUCUAUGGACUGAGCAACUCUCUGCUCGAGACACCAUGGAGGAAACUGCAGUACGGGAAGAGUCUCUUCACCAGUGUGCUUAGCAAAGCACUGCCCCCUGAUGGUCUGGUCCAGGAACUGCUACACAUCCUCAACAAUGAAGAACUAAACACUCCUGACCCGUUGCAGGAGAGCCAGGGAGAAGGCCAUUACAGCAAGUCCAUGCUCCGUGCACUGUCUGCUGUGUGUGUCCGGUCCCCAGGGUAUGGCACAAGGACCAAUACAGUUAUCCUCGUAGACACAGAAGGUCACGUGACCUUCACAGAACGCACCAUGCUCAACUGUAACGUCAGCCAAUGGAGCACAAACUCUUUCCACUUCAAAAUCCACGAUUCCUGAGGCCUGGCCACCCAGCAGAGGAAAAGAAAGAAAUACCAUUCUGUGCCUUUUCCCCCCAUAUUCCUCUAUUUUCGUUCAGUUCUCUCUCUCUCUCUCUCUCUCUCCACUAGCCUCUGCUCUCAACCACCAAAUCAUUUGGAAGACUUGAAUUUUCAUCGCUAAAAUGGAACGGGAGACUACUCUUUUUAAAUUACCACUCUCUCUCUCUCCCCGGAGAAAGACUGAUUGCACUUCUGAAAGCAGUUUUCUUCUUUGUGGUUUAAGAAGAGUGAUUCUUUAAUUUUUUUAUUUUUUUUUUCUCAUUUUUUUUCCUGCUAAUUAUACUGAAACACUUAGGCAGUCUGGAUUUGUGUAUCGUGCAAUGGAAGUUAUUUAAGCUAUAUAAUAUGUCGAUAAAAAAAAAAAAGUUCGAUAUUUAUCAUGAGAAAUAUGGAAAAUAUUUUUUGAAGGAUGGAGUAGUUUGGAGAACAAAGUACAUAACCUUUACUGUAAAAAAGCAAUUAUGUUUUUAAAUUAAGUGAAAAUGAAAAACCUUUUUAACGAAGUAUCGAACAAAAUUAAACCACUGGAUGAUGGGUUUAUGAAACAGGAUUUUGAAUAGAACUUGUGGCAGAUCUAUGCCUCAGCUUUGACGAUUGGCUAAUCUGUAACUCAGGAAAAAAAAAUAUAUGAUUCUGUCAUAAGAUAAUAAAGGUCCUGGAACAUAUUGCAGUAUGUUAGUCAAACCUUUGACCAGAUCUCGUCAGUGAGCUUAAACGUUGGCUUUUUAGUGUCUUCUCUCGUAAGUGAAGUGUUUUGUUUUGGAAUUCUCACCUCUGAAAUGACAGGAAUCAAGGUCUUGUAUUAUCAUUCUCACGCAGUGUUACACGUUGACCACGACGCAACACAGCCAUAGUUUUGUUAUCCUAUUAAGGACAGAACAACUAGUCGAAUAUAGCGAUGAAAAAUCUCAGCGACAAUAAGGGAUUUUGUCUCAAAACUCAGAAGUAACCUGUCAGGCAGAAAUAUGUAUUUUUGUUUUGAAUGUCUCAUACAAGCCAUGAAUAAAAUCACCAAAUGCA